GCAGAGGAGCAGGAAUUGGCCGACAAGAAGUGGACGGGCGACGAGGAACAGUUUGAUCUCACUCGUGACGCCUCCCUACGGGUGGAUCAGUGCAUCUUCCAGGAUGCAGGCCUCUACACCAUGGUGGCUGAGAACCCGGCUGGUCGUGCGCAGAUCAGCUGCAUUGUCCGGGUGGAGGAUAACCCCAUCCCGAAGGACAUUACACCGCGCUGGACAAGCAUCGAUCGUCACUACUUCGUUCUCAGGCAACUUGCCACAGGGUCCUUCAGCCGGUCGCAUCUGCUCAUAGACAAGCAGACGAACCGCGAAUACGUGGGAAAGAUCUACGAACUGGACGACCUCAUAACUCGGGUGCUGGGCGCUCGGGAAGUCGAGUGCCUUGGCCGAAUGCAUCACAGCAAUAUAGUCGAAUUGGUGGACGCGGUGGUCAGGGAUAACAACCUCAUUCUCAUCACAGAGAGGUAA